AGCCAGGUGACGGUUAGCUUAGCUUUGCAUAAAGACGGAAAACAGGAGGAAACAUCUAGCCUGGCCCUGGCUCUGUCCAAAGGUAACACAAUCUGGAGUCUCCACUGGUUGCUAGGAAGUCACUACUUGCAAAAAAAUAACCCCUGUACAACCACAACUUGUCAUUUUUACACUUUUGUACGAAUUAAACAACCUAGAUAUACUGUGACUGCUGAUUAGUGAGCUUUAGAGGGGCUGGUAAGCUAGCUAGGAAUAUCUUUGCAAAAACCUGUACAGAUAAACAGCAGAACAUUAUUUUUCAUACCAUGGGAUUCUUAAACAGUGCAGGUCCUCUGGACUGGAAACAGGUGUUCGUAGAUAGAUUUUGUUACCUAGGCUAGCUGUUUCUCCCUGUUUAAAGUCUUUAUGCUAAACUAAGCUAACCAACUCCUGACACUAGCUUUAUAUUGAAUGAACAGAAAUGAGAGAGGUAUUGAUCUUCUCAUCUAACUUUUGGCAAGAAAGCAAAUAAAAGUAUUUCCCAAAAUGUUGAAUAUUCCUUUAAUUUUAAUUAACUUUGACUCAUUUGCUAGCUAACAUUUAGCCUUAACUGACAUUUAAAUGACAUAUGACACAUUAGAGCAUAAUUUGAUUCAUGUAUCUUAUGUUGAAAUGUUCAUGCUGAAGAAACAGAGACAAUUAAAGUGUGAGGGGAAUGUGCUACCGACCUGGGUUAGCCAAAAUUGGGUUAGGCUAUUGCAGACUGCCAGACAGGCAAUCUAUAGUAACAGGCAAGUCAAAAAAAAACUUUUAAACAUAAAAGGGCUGUAUUGUGUUGCAAAAGGGGAUAGCCCUUUGGUUCCUUAUUAAACCUUUUUAUGUAGUGUUGCCAGAUUGGACUGACAAAAAGUAGCCCAAUCAUAGCCUACAAUGCGCCCAGUCAUAAAAGUAAUUUUCAUUUAGAAAAGGGUCUACCUAUAUAUUAAUAAUGUAGCUGAAUACAAUGAAGAAGAAAAAUAAUUGGCCCUAUUGCUUCCAGUCUUAUGUUUUAUCGGUGGCAAACUCAUAACCAGUUACAAUAAUGAAAGAAUUAUAAUAAAGUCAUACAAUAAAAGUAUUUUAGAUAAUGUUACCAUAACAUUUAAUGUAACACUUAUAUGGACAAAUGUAAGCUUUUACAAGUCUUUUUUCACAGAUCUAUGACUGAAUGAAUAAUAAUUGGAAUAGGAAAAAGUUUCAACUUAUAAUUAUAAUAAACUGAAAGGACAUUUGGUUGAUGGUCAUCAGUUAUCAGUCAUUGCAUGUCGAGUUGAGCCUACUGAACUCAGUGUCCUGUUAAUCUCAAUCAUACUACUUGGAUUAGAGGAGGGAACGAUUUAUUGGAAUAUAGCCUAAGUUUUCGUUGGUGGAAACCGCCCAAAUGGUACAAAAAUAGUAUCACAAUCGAGUAUCAAGUAUCAAGUAUCACAACCUGACCCAAACAAUUUUUAAUAAGAAGUAGCCCAAUUGGGUAGAAAACCACCCAAUCUGGCAACACUGUUUUUACAAGAGAAUUUUUAAGAGUGUACUCUAGCAGCAACUGAGGAAAAUGGGCUGAGAGCAUAGCAUUCAUCCAACCAUUCAAUCAAUCUGUCCAUCAGUUAGUUGUUUACAGAGUUAAUUUUCUCCUGCCUAUUGCAUAAUUGUCACACUAAUCCUGAGCUCCCUGCGGUGAGUUAGUGCCUGAAAACCUGAUAGUUAAGGGGAAGUUGAGGUGGAAAGAACCUUUUAAGAGGGAAACUGUCACGGUGACGUGUCAGGUCGCUUACACUCAGCUCUCCUGAUGUAAGAGUACAGGUAUUCCCCUAGAUUGACAGCAUGUCAUUUGAUCCCCCUUAGGGUCAACAGGCAGACAGAGACAGUUAGUGCUGUUAGUGGACAGAUGAACCCCACAGAGACAAGAGGUCGAGGGUGGCCUUGCUUGAAGGGUGAAACCUUCAAUGUGGAGUUUCUGAAAAUCUCAGCCAGUCAAAAUUAGUGGCAUCAGUGUUGUUCAUAUGCAUGGCUGUACAUACAUGGAUUAAAAGCAGAAACCAUGGAUUAUAUUUUAAAAAAGACAUGAAAGAUACUUUUAAACACACAUGAUUCAAGAUACCCCACAUAUCAGUCAGCAUGAAACACCUGUACAAUAUUUCCUUCCCUGAGAAGGACACACCUCUUCCAUCCAAAAUACCUCUGGUAUGAUCUCAGGUCCUUUCAGGUCUGGGUCACUUUAGAUCUCAUUUACACACAAAGCAGAUCAUGUCCAGAGUGGAAGCUUUCAGGGACACAAAGCUUCGCUCCCUGCUGAGGGAGUUACGGACUGAUAUUGCUAUGGCUAUAGAUGACCCUUUCCCUCUUGUCUAUGGUUUGGCGGACAAAAACGUCAUCACUGACCAACUACUGAAGGACACUCAGGAGAAGCAGGGCAGAGAAGGGAUCCACAAGGCCAUGUACUCGCUCCUGUCCUGGGUCUUGGAGCAGAGCAGAUCCACCAUCCAGGCUUUCUGGAGCAACUUGUCCAAAGACUACAACCUGGACAGCUACCCCAAGCUGCGGACACUGCUCACUAACCUGCACUCGACUGACAUUUUGUUGACAGAACGGGAUGCUGCAGGCUCUAGAAGUGAGAAGAGAUCCUCCGGAGGCCACAAAACACCUCACAUCAAGAAGAGGAGUCACGAGGACAGAGGGGCAAACUCAAACAAUCAGCAUCCACAGUAUCAUGCCAAGACAAGCGAUGGACCAGGGGGUAAAGUGAGACUAUACAGAGUGAAGAGUGAAGCUCCAGCCCCACAGCUAACAUCUGGAAAAAGUGUUCAGGCGGUGUCCUCCUCGGUCCAGAGACCAGCCACCCUGUCUUCCUCCUCUUCUGCCUCCUCAGCCGAGCCGGCCAUCAGCUAUGAAGCCAGAGAGAAGAUCCAUAUUAAUCAGGAGUUUGGCUCAGAUGAUAAGCCAUUGGGAACUGCCAGAAAGUGCAUAAAAGUUGGUGAGGACUUUUACUCUUGUGGUCAGUCAGAGGAGAUAAAUGGAGCAUCCAAAGCUGCAGAGAACAUGUUUCACCACAAGGGGGAGACAACCACAGUCAUGGUUCACUAUAAUGAUGAUGAGUGUGCAGUGUGUAGGGACGGAGGGGAGCUGAUUUGCUGUGAUGGCUGUCCUCGAGCUUUUCAUCUGACCUGCCUGGACCCUCCACUCACAUCCAUACCAAGUGGCCCUUGGCAGUGUGAGUGGUGCUGUGGCAACAGAGUGAAAAGAGAGACAGCCCAGCUACCUUUACAACCACUCAUUGCCCAGCCUCAGCAAACAACGACGAGCUCCGGUAACUCCAUCAUAGACGUCUCCUUCUUCCCCUCGCUGUCAUCCUCGUCUCUCACCAGUGUCCCAGCUUCUAUGAAUGGGCCCAGUGGCAGAAAACAGUGCUCAGGUGGCAAGCUGAUCAGCGUGAGGGAGGUGUGUGGUGUUUGUCACCUAGCAGGAACAGACCUGACUCACUGCCUCCAGUGUUUGAGGUGUUUCCACGCACACUGCCACUUCUCCAAAGGGAGAUCCAUCUGCUUGUCCUGCUCCAGGCCCUGGGGCAGCUCUGCAGAGAAGGAGGCUGAACCCAGAGGCUUACAGCUUACCCCAGUGGUCCAAAACACACUCAGUCAUGAUCAGAGCUCCUCCGUCCCUGAACCCAUCCUCCAUAAAGAUGAACUGGACUCCAUCCUGGGAGACCAGGGCUCCAUCGAUGGCAUCUUGCAGUGGGCUUUCCACAACAUCUCGCGGCCUCUUCCAGACUCUCAAGGAUGCUUCCAGUGACAGACAGACGAUCAGCCCUGCACUCAUGCAUGAGCGCUCACAGUUUGAAGUUAUACUGUAAAGUAACAAUGAUGAAAUGUCCGUGCUAAAUGCACACAAUCAUGGGCAGGAUAAAUCUGGCAAAAGCCAAAAUUGAGAAGUUAUUGUUUAUUUAAGAAAGUAAUUACAAGUGUAAAAAGUAUAAUUUCCCCAUAAGUCAGAGAUCACUCUGUGCGCAGUUAAGAUGUGGUAUGUUACCGCAACAUAUUGAAACAGAAGAUACAAGGGUGUGACUGAAGAUGAAAAAAUGUGUGAAUGUUGUGAGUUAAAUGAGGUGGACAACGAAAUUCAUUUUAUACUGUCCACCUAUAUCAUGAUUUACAACAAAUAAGUUUAUGUUCCUGAUUUAGACUCCAUAGGUAUUGAGAAUGGAGCUUUAAUUGAAUACCUUUUUGAUAAUGUUUUUGCAUUUUAUGAAUAUCUUUCUAAAGCAUGGGAUAGGAGGAGAAAAGUAACAUAUGGUAGAUAGAUUCUAUUUUAUAUGGAUUGUAGACUAUUGGUUUAUGAACUGGAUCAAAUAGACAGUGUUUGGCACUAAUGGAUGCACAUGUAGUUUUUGUUUUGUUUGGAUUUGUGUGUCUUGUGCUUAGGGGGCUGUGUUUGUGUGUUUGUAUAUAGGUUGUAUUUCCAUUGUGGGAUAUCUCCUGGGGCGUUAUUUGUGGGAGGUUUAUGUUUGGAUGAUGUUGAUGUAUUGUGCUGUUAGAUGGUGGUGGGUUAAUGUGCCUGAAUGUUUGGUUUGUUCUUAGUUAAUGUGUCUAAAUAAUUCCAUGAGGGACGGAUAAUGUAAAUGACUAGACUCGAAAAUAAAAUAUUUAUUCAUUCAAAUUCA